AUGAAAGUUGCCACUGAGAUAUAUUUAUCAAACAACCACUUCUCUGGUAAUAUACCAAGCAGCAUUGGGACUCUACAAAACUUGGUCAAACUAUCCUUAGCGAAUAAUAAGUUCGGAGGCCUUAUUCCUAGUUCACUUGGGAAUUCCCUCAGCUUGGAACUUUUGGACUUGUCCAAAAACAAUUUGUCUGGAAUUAUUCCAAGAUCACUCGAAUCACUCGAAUAUCUAAAAGUUUUGAAUUUGUCUUUCAACAAAUUCCAAGGAGAAAUCCCAUCAGAUAGACCUUUCCGAAACUUCUCUGCUCAAUCAUUUUUGUCAAGUGGGCAACUCUGUGGUGUGCCUCAAUUCCAUGUCCAAUCAUGCAAAGCACAUUCAAUUAAAGCAAGCAGAUCCAUGUUGAAGUACAUUAUCCCUGGGAUCUUGUCAGCAAUGCUCAUAGUGUCCUCCAUUGGGAUAGUAAUACUACUCAGAAGGAAGAAUGUGGAAGCUGCAAAAGAGACUACAUUGUCACCUCAACUUCUAUGGAGAAGAGUUUCACACCUCGAACUUGUUAGAGCAACAAAUGCAUUUCAUGAAAGCAACUUACUUGGCAGUGGUGGUUUUGGCUCAGUGUACAAAGGAACAUUUUCAGAUGGGAUAGACGUGGCCGUAAAGGUUUUCAACUUACAACUAGAAGGGGCCUUCAAGAGUUUCGAUACUGAGUGUGAAAUGCUAGAUGUUGCAUCGGCAUUGGAAUACCUUCAUCAUGGCUAUGAACCACCUAUUGUUCACUGUGAUUUAAAGCCUGCCAAUAUCCUACUGGAUGAGAAUAUGAGUGCACAUGUUGCUGACUUUGGCAUCACAAAACUCUUGUGUGAAAUAGAUUCCAUAAUUCAAACCAUCACUCAAGCCACAAUUGGAUACAUGGCCCCAGAGUAUGGAAUGGAGGGAAUAGUUACUAGAAAAGGGGAUGUGUACAGCUUUGGUAUUGUAUUGAUGGAAACGUUCACCGGAAAGAAGCCAACGGAUGAGAUGUUUGUUGGAGAAAUGAGUUUGAAGCAGUGGGUUGCAGAUUCAGCAUUACUUGAUGUUGUGGAUGCCAACUUAAAAGUGACAGAAGUUGAGGAUCGUGAUUUUGUGAACAAGAGGGAGAGCUUGUCGGCCAUUAUUAGAUUAGCUCUAGCUUGUUCCGCAGAAUCACCAAAAGAGAGGGUGAAUAUGCAAGAGGCUCUAGCCAUGCUGAAGAAGAUCCAGAUCAAGUUUUUGAAGGACGCUUCCAGAGGUGUGGUGUCGAACUAG